GAAAAAGAAAUACAUACUUCUUUUCAUCGAGUUUAAUGACUAUUAAAAUUGUAUAUGAAUCGAGUGGGAUAUAAUUCCGAUAGAGAUAUUCUGUAUAGAUAAAAGAGAAAGGAAAAAAGCUAUGCGCCUUCAACGACUCGUAACAAAAAAAAAAAAAAAAAACGAAAAAACGAAAAAAAAAGGGAAAAAAUAAGAGAGAAAAAGAAAAAAAAGAGACACACGUUUUAUGAAGUUUUGACAUGAUGAAACUUGAUCGAUCGACGGGAUAUAUUGGAUAAACAAUUUUGAUAAACCGACGAGAUAUUACAAUUUUGUCAGAACUGUAAGUACCUACCAUUAAUCACGCGCGAUUUAUAAGAAACGUAUUGUUCACUAUUUUCUUGCAAAAAAAAUUAGAGAAUUUCGGAAACGAUUAAACUGUAGUAAGUACACUUUUCUCUCGAAGUAUAGAUAACAAGAAAAAAAAAAGAAAAAAAAAAGAAGAAAAAAGAGAAGAAGCAAAAAAGGAAAAGAAAGAAAGAAAGAAAGAAAGAAAGAAAGAAAUAAAAGAAAAAGAAAAUGAGGACGAAGACGGUAGAGAAAAAUGAGAUGAUGAUGACGAUGAUGAUGAUAAUGUUGAUGAAAAUGAGAAAAAUGAAAAGACAGAAUAAAAGGCUUGGCAUUUCCUUAAGGCUGAUAAAAAAAAUAAUAUUUAACACGGACACGAUGAAAGGCAAAGAGUUAAUUGCAAUUGACGAUAAAUUUCUUAGUAAAAAUGCAAACGCAGACAGAUUAACAUUAGCAAGCAGCAAUAAAGUGCACGCAAACGUAGUCGACAAUUAAUAGCAUAAAAUAUUGAACGAUUUAUAAUUCGUAAAGGAUAAGUCUAAAUAAAAUAAAUAUUAAUGCAAUCAAGAUAUAUCAGACGUCGUCCUUUCGACGUGGAGAAAGAAGAAAAAAAAAAGAAGAAAAAAUAGGAGAAGAAGAAGAAGAAGAAGAAGAAGAAGAAGAAGAAGAUAUAAAUUUAAAAAAAGGAGAGUAGGAGGAGGAGAAGGAAGAUGAAAAAAAAAAUAAAAAGAAGAUGCAUUAAAUAAGCAUGAGAUCAUUUCUUUUUUGCGGCGAUACCUCUGCAUAUUCCAUAGAAUAAUAAUUCGCUUCGAUAUUAAAUAUUAUUAAUGAUUAAAGAAACAAAAGAGAUAAAGUUUGCACGUUGCAUUAUCACGCAGCAAAAGCGUAUAAUUAGUUUUCCUUCGAGCAAGAACAUUUAACGAUAUUGUAUACCUCGAGAGACCUCGAAGAAGUCUCGUCGUACACGAGAUAUCAAAGAAAUAUUUCAAAUUAAUCCUUCGAGAGAAACGCUGAUACGUGAAAGAGAAAAGGACACAAAAGAGAAAAAAAAAGAACGAAGAGGAAUUAAAAAAAAAAAAAAAAAAUGCGAAGAAAAAAAAGAAAAUCAAGAAUAAUGAAAUCAUUCGGAAUGAACGUUAAGAUAUUAUGAAUUAUGUGUGAUAAUGUAAAGGAGUAAAAAGUUGAAAUGAAAAUUUGAAUAUGAAAAUGUUGUAUUUAAAUUGAACAAGCAACGUUUGUUGUACGUGUAGGAUGUGCUCGUUCAAAUGUGUCUCGCAAAUUAUGUAUUAACGAAUAAUAUGCACGUACAUAUAUAUGUUGUAUCCUGUUAUUAAGAAAAUUACGAAAAGAUUUUUAAUCGAACAUUUUUCGUGAGGCAUAAUCGUAAGGAAAUCAUCAGUCAUGCAUGCGUAGAUUAAGAUCUUUCUUUUUCUUUCUUUCUUUCUUUCUUUCUUUUUUUUUUACCUGUUCUUCUUUUUUUUUUUCUUUUUUUUUGUUUUCUCUAAAGUCAACGGAUGCUGAGAAACAAAAGAAAGAGAGAGAGAGAGAGAGAGAGAGAGAGAGAGAGAGAGAGAGAGAGAGAGAGAGAGUGAGAGUGAGAGAGAGAGAACAGACAAAAUGUGAAGAUGUAAGAACGUAGACGAGGAACGUAGAAAAAUGAAAAAAAGAAUGAUAUUACAAGGAUAUAUUCGGAUCUGUGAAUUUGGUAUUACAACGAAACUUUGAUUUUAAAUGAAAGAAGACAUUAAAUAUGAUAUGUUUGUAAGGUAUUAAAGAUUUCUGAACGAGCAACAUUAAAAAAAAAAAAAAAAUAAAUAAAUAAAUAAAUAAAUAAAUGAAAUUACGACAAAACUUUAUACUAUUGAAAUGAGACGAAAAGUGAUUUGAUUCUAAAAUUUUUAUGAUAUCAAAGAGUUAUAGAGGAAAAAAAAAAAAAUAAACAAAACAAUUACUAUUAAUUUUCAAGGAUAAUAUUAAGGAGAUAAUGAAAAAUCUUUUUUUCUUUCCAUUUCGUUUCACCUUUAAGUCGAAAAGUUUAGUGAUCAAAAUAAAAAAUUGUUUUGAACAAAAUGAUGCAACGAGAAACAUUAAAUAUAUUACAAACGUAAUAUAUCAAAUAUCUUUCUAUCAUUUGAGACCAUUCGGUUUCAUUUAAAUUUCAAAUUUAUAAAUCUGAAUAUUUCCUUGUUAGCGAAAGAAGAAACCUCAACGUAUUUAGCAUAAAUAACACACAACUGCCUAGAAACUCAGAAUUAAUACUAAUUAAUAAUAUAUUGUACGGAUUAUAUUAUAUAUAUAUAUACAUAUAUAUAUAUAUAUAUAUAUAUAUAUAUAUAUAUAUAUAUACAAUUAAUAACGAUAUGUCCAAACGCACAAAAGACAAGUUUGGCAAGGCAAGAUAAGAACAUAAUGUACAUAAAGAAUAUAUAUGACGAUAACCCAAUCAAGAUGUACAUAAUGAUGAGGAGAGAAGCGAUCCACUACAGGAUUAUACUCAUAGAAAAAGAAAAAGAAAAGAAAAAAAGAAAAAAGAAAAAAAAAAAUAAGAAAAAGAAAAAAAAAAUAAGAAACCUUAAAGACGCGUACCCUGUCUGAGCGUAUAUAGACACACAGCGUUUCAAUUCAGAGCGUAAUUUAGUGAGAAUACAUAUCUCUGAUUACUCGUUGUGAAAUGAGUUUCACGGUUGAAGUCAACUUAUCUAAUGUACGAACAGAUUAAGCUCUUACUUUUCUCGAUGAAGGAGAGAACAAAAAAAAAAUUAUUCCAAGGUUUCAACUACAUUCAAAUUGUUCUCCUUUAACUUUUUAUCAUUUUUAUCAUUAUAUAUAUAUAUAUAUAUAUAUAUAUAUAUAUAUAUAUAUAUCAUUAUAUAAUAUAUGUAUAUAAUAUAUAUAUAUGUGUGUGUGUAUAUAUAUAUAUAUAUUUGUUUAUUUGUUUAUUUCUCAUUUUAAUUAUUGCAUAAUUAUUGUAUUCAAGAAUUUAAUGCCAAAUUAUUUAGUGCCAAUUCAAUAAUUUAGUGCCAAAAUAUUGAAAAUUUCUUUUUCUUCAUUUUCACGCGAUUGUCUUUAAUUAAUGAAAAUAAACAAAAAGAAAAAAGAAAAAAAAAAGGGGGGAAAAAAACGAAAUGAAAGAACAGGCGCAUUUAGAAAAAUUUCUCGAGCUAUAUGACGUUUCUAUUAUGCAAAAGAAACCUUUUAAAAGGUCUUAGCUAUGAAAGACACAAUGCGAAUUCAGAAGACGUAGGUAAAUGCUUUUAGGAAGAUGUGGAUAAAACAUUAUAUAACGAGUAACAACUAAGGGAAAGACGUAUAGACGAAGAUUGAACAGACUAUGGAAAUUUAGAUAUUAUAGAAAGUUUUAAUAAAUGAAUUAUUAACGCUAUGAAAAAAA